CUCUACAUUGUCUCUCUCCUGAAAGUCUCAGUGGUCGUGGUCGCAUUUGUUCUCGCGAUGUUUCCGGGUGAACUGGAGCCCGGGCGACCCGGGCUUCUGUGAAACAUGGCGGUCGGCUGGGACCGAAGCACAAGGAUACAUUCAUUCAUUGUUUAUUCCUUAGCAUGACUAUAUGAAAGAAGAAGGUUUUUCUGAAGAUGAGGCGACUGAAUCGGAAGAAAACCUUAAGUUUGGUGAAAGAGUUGGAUGCCUUUCCAAAGGUUCCUGAGAGCUAUGUAGAGACUUCGGCCAGUGGGGGUACAGUUUCUCUAAUAGCAUUUACCACUAUGGCUUUAUUAACCAUAAUGGAAUUCUCAGUAUAUCAAGAUACAUGGAUGAAAUAUGAGUAUGAAGUAGACAAAGAUUUUUCUAGCAAAUUGAGAAUCAACAUAGAUAUUACUGUUGCCAUGAAAUGUCAGUAUGUUGGAGCAGAUGUAUUGGAUUUAGCAGAAACAAUGGUUGCAUCAGCAGAUGGUCUAGUUUAUGAACCAGUAAUAUUUGAUCUUUCACCACAGCAAAAAGAGUGGCAGAGGAUGCUGCAGCUGAUUCAGAGUAGACUGCAAGAAGAACAUUCGCUUCAAGAUGUGUUAUUUAAAAGUGCUUUUAGAAGUUCAACAGCACUUCCACCAAGGGAAGAUGAUUCAUCACAGCCUCCAGAUGCUUGCAGAAUUCAUGGUCAUCUAUAUGUCAAUAAAGUAGCAGGGAAUUUUCACAUAACUGUGGGCAAGGCAAUUCCACAUCCCAGAGGCCAUGCACAUUUGGCAGCACUUGUCAACCAUGAUUCGUACAACUUUUCUCACAGAAUAGAUCAUUUGUCUUUUGGAGAGCUUGUUCCAGGAAUUGUUAAUCCUUUAGAUGGAACUGAAAAAAUUGCUGUAGAUCACAACCAGAUGUUCCAGUAUUUUAUUACAGUUGUGCCAACAAAACUGCAUACGUACAAAAUUUCAGCAGAUACCCAUCAGUUUUCUGUGACAGAAAGGGAACGUGUUGUUAACCAUGCUGCAGGCAGCCAUGGAGUCUCUGGGAUAUUUAUGAAAUAUGAUCUCAGUUCUCUUAUGGUGACAGUUACUGAAGAGCAUAUGCCAUUCUGGCAGUUUUUUGUAAGACUCUGUGGUAUCGUCGGAGGAAUCUUUUCAACAACAGGCAUGUUACAUGGAAUUGGAAAAUUUAUAGUUGAAAUAAUUUACUGUCGUUUCAGACCUGGAUCCUACAAACCUGUCAGCUCUGUCCCCUUUGAGGAUGGCCACACAAACAACCACUUACCUCUUUUAGAAAAUAAUACACAUUAGCACCUCCCAAAUGAAGGAGAAAAACUUUUUGCCUGAGACAUAAAACCUUUUUUUAAUAAGAAAAUAUUGUGCAAUAUAUUCAAAAGAAAGAAAUGAAUGAGAAGCAGGAAUCUUAGGAAAAAAAAAAAGAAACCCAAACUGAAAUCCUGUAUAUGUUGUAUCUGUUACAAAUGUCCUAGAAGAAAUUAUGCAGCUAAUCAGUGAAGAAGCCCAACUAGAAUAUUGCUUUGAAGAUGACCCUGAUAUUUUCACAGCAAAUGGGAUGUAUCAUAAUCAGACUUUGAAGACCUGAAGUUCUGAAGUCAAACCACAUCAAAAGAAAAAGGCAUUAAUAGUGCUAAUGUCUGCGUCCUUUUGUUUUUAAAAUAUGGCGUCAGAAUAAAAUAUGUAAAACAUGGAAAACUAGUCUAGACUUUAAAAAGUUGUGAUCAGGUCACAUUGUUAAUAAAAGUAAACAGGUAUGGGUUCAUAUGCUAUAGCCAUAUUAAUGUUAAGCCAUAAUGACAAGACCAUUUAUCCAAUAAUUUGGUCUUAUGAAGGUAACUGCUUCUCUUUAAACUCUGGCUAUUAACUUUGUUAACUUUUCAAGGCAGGGUCAUGGAAGACUAAGGUGAGUUCUUACAGGGACGGGGAUAUAGGUGCUAUAAUAUGUAGCAGAGGUAUUAUUCACAAAUUGUAUAGUGGGCACCUAUAUGGGGAGAAGAAAGCACAUUUUUUAAAAAGAUGCUAAAUUUCCUAAUAUGAUCAUUAUAUUGUUGUUAUACCUUGGAGCAGGGGGUGAGUAAUAAAAAGAUCCACUACUGAUGAUGAAAAUUAUCAGUUUGUAAAAUAAUUAAGAGGAAAAGUAGAAUAUUUUAUACAUGUUGUUAUGAGUAGGCUACAGGGUAACUUAAAAUAGAAAUGUGAGGCAAUUAUUUAAGUAAAAUAAGAUAAUGUCAUAUCUGAGAGAUUAUCAUAUUAAAUGAUGUCCAUUAAACUGUAAAACUGGAUGAAAGAAUUAUCUGCAUUCAGAAUGUCCUGAAUGUGGUUGAUUGUGUAUUAGAUUGUGGUGUUCCGGCUUUCGUACUUAUUUAAGGGUUGAUUUAAAUUUUUCAUACUAUAAAACAUUAAACAUAACAAGAGGGAGAUAUCACUCAGGUGCCAUUAAAAACUUACUUGGAAUAUGUGUACCAACAUCAAUUUUCCUUUUAUAAUACUUAAUGAUAAUAGAAGAAUCAUCAGCCAAUCCCCAUGUUUCAAAUCACUUAGGGAAGUGGGGAGACAAAAAUUCUGGGUAAGUAACAAGGCCAAGACUGAAAAACUAGAUUCAAAAUCAUGGUUUUGAGAGACUAGUCUGUCACAAGUUGCAGGUUUUCAAAUGGACUCUGAUUUGAAGGUUAUAAAGUUUUGUUGGCAACAGUUGGGAUAAUAAUGUAAUGAGAGGAGAAAUACUGAUAAAGCUACUUUGCAGUAAAGCUUAUAUUGAAUGAUACUUUGCUGAAAAUAACAGAAGCAUCAAUGUUUAAAAUACACAUUUUAUCAUUAAGAACCACAAACUUAACUGAUUAAUACUGUGACAUUACAUGUUUUGAAAGAUAUUUGAAUCCAGAUAAUUCCAAAAAACUCAAUAUGUUAAUUGAUUUCUUCAGAUAUUUGCAAUGAAGUUAGACUAGGAACUAAUAGAAUAUCUCAAAAGGAAUUUCAACUGGAGAGAAUCAGAAUUUUGACUAUUUUUAGACUGUUGGUUUUGUAAAUUUGCUUGUCAGGAAGUUCAAUCAAAUGUCAGGGGGUUUUUUUUAAUGGAAGGAAAGACAAUGAUUUAGAAUUAUUUUCUGUUAGGAUUAUGACGUAUUUUAAAGAAUUUUAAAAAUUACUUUGGUACUUAUAUAUAUUUUUAAUUGUUUUUGUGUUUCCCAAAUACCAUAUUGAU